AUGUCAACCACUCAGACUUCCCUAACUCACAAGCGGGCGGCCUCCAGCAUCAAACUCGACUCGCGACUCGCCAAUGGUCCUUCGGUGGUCUCGCUCUUCGUCAAGAAUGUUCGCCUGUUAAAUCUUGACCUCCUGCCGGACUGGCCGGUCUUGACACCGGCCAGCCUGAGCAACCAGGAUGCUCGUGUGCGCAUCCGUGGCACCGAAUGGUGCCUCUACCAAAUCUUCAAAGUCUACGAUGCAGCCACCACGGCCGACAAGCUCCAGCCAUUCUUCCCACCCCUCGAACCGCUGCAGAGCAUCAACCUGCGCGCCGCCCUCUACCGAUGUCUCAAUGAACUGAAAAAGAAUGGAGUUCUGGCGCGGGAUGCGGUCCUCCGGAAAUCAAUGUUGGAUGAGUGUCAAGGCGACAAGUUCUGGGAACUGUGCUUGAACUUCUCGUCCAUCGUCCUGCACAAAGUCCGCGUCGAACACAAGAACAAUGCGAGGAGUAAACCGGUGGCAGAACGCAUCGGUGCGACCCAGAGGCUGUCCAAGAGUCACCGAGAGAGCAUGCUACCUCUGUCCGUCGCUCACCGGGCCGCUUUGACCAAGGUUCUACAAGAGAAGGAUCGCAAACGGGAGACGUUCUCACGCCUCUACAACGUGUUGGUUGAGAAAGAUGCGGAUUUACAACAGCGGAUGGCGAACGUCAGCCGGAAGGCCCAGGAUCGUCUCCUACCGGAUAGUCCAUCCACCGCGGUGCGCGCAAACAAACUCAAGGUGGCCCAGGAUGUCCUGGAUAAUCAAUGGGUGGGGAGCACCGAAUUGCAGGCCGCACUGGUCUACGGGAAGCCUGUCUCCGGAGCCGAUGGAUCCUCUUCUACAGCUGGUGGUGAUUUUAUCCUGACGAGCCAGUUUGAUGACCUCUGGGAGGCCAACAAAAACGACCAGCUAGGUAGCCUCGCCGCCACGGAGGCCACUCUUCUGGAAGAUUUGGAUGCUCGCGCACGUCAGCAACGCCGUCGACUGCAACGCUGGCAAAACUUCCACGAUAAGCUCCUGAAGCAAGCUCAGGCUCUGAUUGAAACCACUGCGAGUGCCAGUGCGAGCGCCAGUGGAACAUCAGAUGGAGCGAGGACUUCUGCUGCUGCUCCGGUACAAACACCCGCGCCGAAGCGCGAUACACCAUUGUGCUUCGACCGACAUCAGAACUUGUCCAUACAUGAUCUCGAAGAUCUUCCCCAGUCGCCAGCGGAUCGACCUAUGCGCGAUCGCACUGUGGUACUCACAAAGUACGACGAUCUCCUCACGGCGAUGCGAGAAGAACUCCGCCGGAACGCAACACCCGGUCAACAACCUGUAGCUCCACCCUCGCGAGAGACGCUACGUGAUUCCCGACGCAUCUCCCUCCGACCAGUCCCGCAUCAGAAUUCCCUUGACAUGGCCAUGUCCAUGUCGCCUUCGCCGACGGAGGGCCAUCGCCGUUCACCAUCGCAGACAGCGGUGCCGAUGCGUGCGCAUCUCACCCGCCGCGUCUCUUCGCGGUCCCGCUCGUAUGCCCAGCCUAAGGUCAUCAGCCAGAGAGAACUCGUACCGCUGAAGUCUGAGCUCUUCUCUCCGCUCAAGGGAGGCAAGCGGAUGAGCAUGGCGGGCCCAUCCCCAUUGGGGUCAUUUGAACAGGACUCCUCGUCCGCACUCGGAUCUUAUCAGUACCCGGAUGAUAGUCUGGACUCCGCGUUACGUCGACGCGGUCGUGAUAACAGCAUCGGAAACCAGAGCGCCUCCGCCAUCGCUGCCGCCGCUCAGUUCCCUUCCUCGCGGGCCUCGAGCAACAGUCGCUCCAGCAGUCCGCUCAACAACCCACCUUCUACCGGCUCGGGGGAUCUUUCGCAACAACGUCGGCGGAGCUCGCUCGCUGCCCGCAUCCCCGUCGUGCCCUCCGGAGCAGGCAUGCGGACCACCCUCGCCGACCGCACUCGCAUGUCGAUGGCCUUCCAACCCGCCCAAAACUCCGCACGUUCCUCAUCCUCCGGCGAUGAUUACGAAAACAUUGGCUCCAACAGCCAUCACCAGCGAGCCAGCUCCACCGUGGACGAGGUCCACCAAGAAUCCCCCUCGACCGCGGCCCUGCUCGAUCGCACCCGCCACUCCAUCGCGCGCGCGCCGCCCGCGCCCGCGCGCCACCACACCAAGACCAACUCCCAGCACAACCACCCCGCGCACUCGCGCUCCCGCAGCACCGUCUACCCCGUCAACCAAUUCGACAGUCCGCCUCCCCGGAACCGGCCCGCGCACACCUCCUCCGACCACGACCACCCCGAGGCCGGCGGCCCGCAGACGCCCGAAGACCACCCGGAGGACCCGUCCACCGUCGAGGGCGACUACGCCAGCGUCUUCCGCGCCCGCCCCAAGGUCAAGCUCAGCCCCGUCCUGAGCCCCCGCGACUCCGGCCACGCGGGCAUGAUGGGCGUCGGAGCCGGCCUCGACCUGAGCGAACCGAUCGAGGCCGUCGCCGAGGAGGAUUAG